GCCGCCCAGAGCUCGCCAUUGGGCCUCACUCCUGGGGUCCCGCGCGCCGACCAUGCUGAUUGGCCGCUGGGGCUUCAUUCACAGCCCCCCUACCUUCCGCGUAAACGCUCACGCCCCGGGGGCGCGGCCGCCACGUGGGGAGUGGCGCGGGGGUGGCACUGGGACCGCACCCCCCUCUCGUCCUGGCUGCGUGGGCCCCACUUUCCCCCGGCGCUGGAGACUCCGAGCCCGGCGGGUCCCACGCUCCAAGCGAGCAAAAUUCCCGCCGGUCACCCGCCCGGGUGGCCAGAGGCGGUGGCGGGGAUGGCGGGCUCCGGGAGGCGCUCGGGUUCCGAGAAGCAGCUCAGCCCCGCGCUCCUCCUUCCGCCGUGCCGCUGCCGGCGGGCCGGGAUUCCCGCGGGUCUCGGCGGCUGCGAGCGGCAGGCGGCGCGGGUCCCCGGCUCGGUUGCGGCGCGGCUGCUCACCUCGCCCGCCUCGCCUCCCGCGACUUCCAGCGGGCACGGAGCUCUCCUCUGCGCUCCUCCCCGGCCCGUCUCGUUUUUCCUCUUCACCCUCUAGACCACCUAGCGCAACUCCGUCGACCUCCGCCGCCCUGAGAGAGCGUCGGGCGCGGGCAGAGUCGGACCGGCCCCGACUUCACGCCUCUCACGGGCUCUCCUUCUCCCGGGCGCCGCGGCCCAGGAAAAGGUACGGAGAAGAGGAAAUAGAAAAGUUGCUCAAAAUGCAGAGGCCAAGGGAGGAGUCUGGUGCUUCAGUCUUUGGUGAAUAAAGAAACCUGGUAAAGAAGGUUUUCUGGAUGGGACAAAGGAAAAGGAAGAUCUUGUUCUGAUGGGCUAUGCUAACCUGGAAAUCAUGACUCCGUCUGUUUUGCCAUCCACCCAUCCAUCUAUCCAUCCAUCCACCUAUCCAUCCAUCCACCUCUGCCCCAUCCAUCCAUCCAUCCAUCACCCAUCCAUUCAGCCACCCACUUUAUCCAUCCAUCCAUCCAUCCACUGACUGAAUGCCUAACACAGCCACUAGUUCAAUUAUGCUUACAGAGUGCGUAUGUUGGCGAGCUGGUCAGUGUUUAUACUUUUGUGACCCUUCUGUUUAUGUAUUUCCUCUCCCUACCUGGUUCUUAGAGAAGUUCCUUGAGAACUCGGGGCCCGAGUCCCCCUAUAGAGACAAGAGGAAGGGCUCUGUCUUGGCUGUGGGGU